CUGACAACGCAGCUUUGGACGAUUGAUGUACGAGUAGGUUUCCCUGCCCUCGACAACAUACACGGACGCGCAAAAGCGCAGACACGUUGUAUACUUAAAAGAGGUCGGCUGGUGUUUACGCUCUGCAUUCACGACACAUUAACCUCCCUGUCUGCACUAAAGAUCUGCAUGCAUGUAGCUCAGUUUUGCAGAGAUUAACGAUUUGUUCCAAACAGCGAGCAACAAUAACAAAAAAAAAGACCUAGAGGUGCAAGAGGGGCAGAGCUGUUCCCUCCAAACUGUGCAGGAUAGUUUCUGUCUCACUCGGACAGAGCUUCACUUGCACAUUAAGUAAGAGGUGCGAAGUUUUAGAGACCGCAAUGUUAGACGCUGCAGCUGCAUCUGUGGAUUCUUGUCCUGCUCCCUCUCCACGCGUGUCUUCGCCUCUCCGCUACAUUUUUGCGCACGAAUCACGUUUCCGGGUCAGAAACGGUUUGGACUAGAUCGCUAUAGGGACGGCGGCGAUCGCUGCUCCAACACAGACAAGGUCUAAUUACCGGACUUUGUGCUGGUGCAGCCUACACGUGAGUAGGAAGCUGUUCCCAACCGGAGGCGCGCGUGCGCUCUAACCACAGAGCCGACGGCUGUUGCAAAGUGGCAGCUCAGGGAACUAUAGACAUCAGUCUGAGGCGCAGCUCCACCGGAGGACACGCACCGCGCAUCGUCUCCCCUUCAGCCGUCCGCGUGUGGGUCGUGGAACAACAAACAUUCCCCCAAAGAAGCUCAGAAGCGGAGAAACAGCAGCAGAGAAGCGAUGGAUGAAAGAAUACCGCAUUUACAGGACAGACAGUUCAUGGAGCACGCAGAUUUCUUAGGGGUGGAUUACCCCUCUCUCUAUAUGUGCAAAUCCAAAAGAGGGAUCAAACGAGAGGAUGGUGGCAAGCAGGAUGCAUACAAGUUACCCCACCGGUUGAUAGAGAAGAAGAGGAGAGACAGAAUCAACGAAUGUAUUGGCCAGCUGAAGGAUUUGUUACCCGAACAUCUCAAGCUUUCGACGCUCGGACACUUGGAGAAAGCAGUUGUCCUGGAGUUAACACUGAAACACUUAAACGCACUAACUGCUGUCACUGAGCAGCAGCACCAGAAGAUAAUUGCUUUGCAGAAUGGGGACCGAUCGAUGAAAUCUUCCAUUCAUGCAGAUCUGGACGCGUUCCACUCCGGCUUCCAGGCCUGUGCCAAAGAGGUCCUGCAGUACCUGAGUCAGUUUGAGAACUGGACGGCACGGGAGCAGAGGUGCGCGCAGCUCAUCAACCACCUUCACAAGGUUCUGGCGCAGUUCCAACCUGGCGCGCCGCCGCUGCUCCAGCACCAGCUGCCCGUCGGGGACGCACAGGAUGGGCAGAAAUCUGACAGCCAAGCGAACUGCGUCCCGGUCAUCCAGAGGACCCAGGGCGGAGAGCUUAACGAGAACGACACAGACACGGACAGUGGAUACGGGGGCGAGGCUGAGAAGAGCGAUGGCAAAGAUAAAGAAUGUGAACGCAGUAACGCGCAGGGACAAAAGGCGGUGAAGAUCAAGCAAGAGUUUGGAGACGAUCGGGCUGCCAAGAAAUCAAAGAUGAGCUGGCCUGGGAACGGGUUGGGGGGCGCAGACCCCACCAGGCCGGAUCUGGCGUUUAUGAACUCUCUGAUGGGAAUAAGCAGUGUGGGACAGCAGACACCGAUUUGCAUGCCUUUCUACUUCAUCAACCCCUCGGCUGCAGCGUCUUAUAUGCCUUUUUUCGACAAAAACAACAUGGAAAAGUACAUGUACCCGGCGGCGGCUGCUCUUGCGUCCCCCUUCCCCUGGCUAUACCCCGCACACGCCUCGGCAGCGGCGGCCGCGGCUGCUGCUGCCGCUUUCCCCGGCUUGUCUGCGCACUUUGGAGCCUCUCCUCAGUCCAAGGACUCUCCGGACGCUGAGGGGUCACCCGAGGCCGAGACGGGCUCACCCGAGGAGCGAGAGGAAAGUCCCGCCAGUGACGAAGGAGAGGGUGACGUGGGUGACGCGUCCCAAGAUGGCACCAACAGCCCACACGAGCAGUUUUCAGCCUGUCAGAGGAGCUAAUUAGUCUGUGUUACCUUUCUGUGCAUUCUGAUGAGGAGUUUAUGUAUUUUUCUUUUUUAAAAUUAGACUAGGGGUUCCACAGGAGAGUUUCUCGUGUACAGUAUCUUGGCGAAAACAGGGGACAGUUGUGACGGCGUGUGCCUUUUGCACUUCUGAUAGAUUAAACAAUCUGAAUGAUUAUCGACAAUGAUUGACACUACACGGCUGUGUUGUGCUGGAUUUUUUUAAAAUCCUCUUUGAUAAAAAAAAUAUUUUGACAUGGCAGCAUUGGUGCCAAAAAAAAACUUUGAGUACUACAACAGUGCGCAGUAUCCCAAUCAAUGAGUCACUUUUGGAUGUAUGAAGUUGCAACUGACCUCUGCCAAGAUUAUGACCAACUUGGCUCUGACUCUGACUGUAAAUAUUGUUACCAGAAAGAUAGUCUGAUCCAUUAACAUGUAAAUGUGCACUAAAUGGGCCUAUAAAAGAAGUGCUCCUGGAAGUGUUACGCCUACAGUACCUCAUCCCCAGCUGGGGUAGGCUUAUUGGGAGGCACAUUAAUGUCCCUCCUGAGAAGAAAUGAAUGGUAUCCCCCUCUCCUCUAACUCACACACACACACACAGACACACACACACACACACACACACACACACACACACACACACACACACACACACACACACACACACACACACACACACACACACACACACACACACACACACACACACACACACACA